AUUGUGUUCGUGUACUUAAUUGUGACACAGUGACGAUAGUGUGAAUUGUGAAUAAAUUGAUCAGAGCAGACAGUACCGAAUUUGUCGUUGGAGAAAACCAAUCAUACUCUCUGAACUGACGUUCGAAAGAGUGUUUCAUAAGGAGUUAUACCUAUUUGAUUAUAAUUAAUUAAAUAUAAUAGAUUAAAAAUAUAUUUUUAAAAUGAACACUUUAAACAAAGCGUCUCCAAAAUAUAUUUGUGAUGGAGAAAUUGAAAUUGUGAAGUUAACUAAGGAAUAUCAAGAAGAUGCUGUGAAGCUGUUCAUGGAAAAUUUUCCUAAGAACGAAAAUUUUAGCAUAGCUACAAAUCUUCCAGCCAAUCCAAACGCCAUUAGAGAAAUCGAAAUUCUCUUCCGUGAAGUUCUAAGGGACGGCAUAUCUUUUGGGGCCAAACAUAUUAAAAACGGUACUCUAGCAGCUAUUUGUGCUAAUAAACUUUUGGCACCAAAAUCUAAUUUGAGCUUAGAUGACAUCUUUUUGACUUUUACAACACCCGAAAUGAUUUUUAUUGGAAAUUGUUUGGAAGAAAUGGAAAAUUCUUUUGAUAUUUACAAAGAACUUAAUAUUGAUUGUAGCGUGGAAGUAGUAUUUCUUUCAACAAGACCAGAAUUUGAAAGAAAAGGAAUUGCUAGUGCAUUAACCCAAUAUUCCAUAGAGUUUUUUAAAGAUUUCGGAAAUGGCCUUUUCUCCGACGAAGAUUUCCCAGAGCACAUCCAGGGAAAAAGACCGAAAGCUGUUUGUUCGAUUUUUUCAACUAAAUUUACUCAGAUCAUUGGUAAGAAACUUGGUUUCGAGACAGUUGUUACACGUCCAUAUACAGAUAUAGAAUAUAAUGGCUACAAAUUUUCCGACAAAUUGGAUCCCAUACAUAACUGCACAACAUUUGCUAUAAAGAGACUUUAAGUGAAUAAAUGAUAUUAACAAUGAUUGCAACACAUAUAAUUUUGACGGAAGCUGAUGCUUAGUAUUUUUUUAUUUUUGUUUCGAAACGUACAACACUAAUAUUCAUCAUAAUAAAUUUGUUUUAAGAUAUAAUAUAUUUAAAAUAUUGCUUUUGAGUGUUUAUACGCUGUUUAUUUUAAUUUUAGCAACUAAUUAAUAAUAAAUGAAACACAGAGUAAACUCA